AUGAAGAAGAGUUUAAUUGAAGAAGUGUUGGAAUAUGAACAAGAUAAUAGAGGAUAUGUGUUGGAUACACUAAAAGAUAAAACUUUUAAAAUAAUUUUAAAUAAAAAUGAAAAUAAAAAUUGCUUUGAUUGUGGUAACAAGAAUCCCAAAUGGCUAUCUCUCACCUAUGCUAUAUUUAUUUGCCUGAACUGUUCAGGUAAACAUAGACAGUUAGGAACUCAUAUAUCGUUUGUUCGUUCGACAGGAAUGGAUAAGUUUACGGCAAAACAAUUGGUAAGGGUAUGUUUGGGAGGUAAUAUGAAAGCAAGUGAAUAUUUAAAAAGGAGUAAGGAUAGUAUAAUAGAUUAUUCAUCACAUGUAUGUUUAAAAUAUAAAAUGUAUUUGGAUAAUUUAUUGGAAGAAAUUUUAUUAAAUUAUAGUAAGGGUGUGAAAGGUGUGGAAUUUGAUAAUAAUAGUAAUAAUAAUAAUAAUAAUAAUAAUAAUAAUAAUAAUAAUAUGAAUAGGAAGCAACCAAUAGAUCUUAUUAGUGAUGAUAUAAAAGGUGAUGAAAUGUUAACAAGUUUUGAAAAUGUACAGAAUAAUGAAAAUGAUUUUAAUAGUCCUUUUUUUGGUUUUAAUAAUAAUUCAAAAAAGAUGGAAAUAAAUCAAAAUAAUAAUAAUAAUAAUGUUUUUGUUCCUACUCAUUUUAUAGAUGAAAAGGUAGCAUUUAAUAAUAAUUGUAAUAAAAAUUUUAAAGCAAAAAAAAUAGAUAUAAAUUUUGAUAAUAUAUUUGAACAAGGCGAGAUAAUAAACAACAACAACAAUAAUUUCAAUAAUAAUAAUAAUAAUAAUUUCAGUAAUAAUAAUUUCAAUAAUAAUUUUAGUGGUAAUCCAAAUUUAGAUAAUUCUUUAAAUUUAUAUGGAACGAAUCAAAAAGAACAACAAAAUAAUUUGGAAGGUUUAAGAGGAAGUAUAUACAAUAACAAUAAUAAUUAUAACAAUAUGUAUGCUCAUAAUAAUGAGCAUUAUAUGGAUAAUCAGCAUAAUGUAUAUGGUAAUAGAAUGUCUAAUCCAAACAAUUAUUUCAACAAUAAUAAUAAUAAUAAUAAUAGUUAUGGUUAUAAUAAUAAAAACAGUUUUAGCAAUAACAAUUUCAAUGUUACUACAGAUUCUAAAUUAAAUAAAUUUAAAGAUUGUAAAAGUAUACGUUCUGAUCAAUACUUUUAUGAUGAAAUGCCACGCAAUGAACAUGUUAUGUCAAAUGUCCAUAUAGCGGAUAGUAUAUCAUCUGAUCAAUAUUUUAAUAAGAAUGUAAAUAAUAAAAAAGGAGUAUGGAAUUUAGAUGAGCAAACUGUACAAAAUUUACAAGAUCUAAAAGUAUCAGCAAAGGAAGGAAUAUCAAAUAUUGUCGCAGCUGGUAAUGAAGUUUUUUUAAAGGCCAAAGAAUGGUUUAAUAAUUAA